AUGUUUCUUCGCAGGUUAAUGCUGGGCGUGCAUAGGCACUCGUUCAACCACACGCCAGGACCUUGCCGUGUUGUGCCCGGAAUUGAUAUUGGGUCUGAGGAUAUCACAGUCACAUCGUCAGGACUGGCCUUCAUCUCUUCCGGGCUCAAGUAUUCCCCAGCGGAUUGGGAAACAGAAUCUGAGAGACAGAGUCGCAUCUUCACAUUUGACUUCAACCAUCCUGAACGGAACGUGAGUGAAGUCAGCAUCAAAGGAGAAUCGUUUGACAAAGAGGGCGUCAACUACUUCGGAUUGAGUAUUUGGGAAGAUGAGAACACAGGUAAAGUAACACUCUUCGUCGUCAACCGGGCAAAGACAAAGUCAUCAGUUGAGUUAUUUGACUACGGGCAGGAAACCAACACACUGGUGCAUAAGGAGACGGUUACCAGUGAAAAUAUAUACAGCCCAAACAAUGUCGUGGCAGUAAGCACCAGGAGCUUUUAUGUGACAAAUGACUCAAAAUACAGAAGCAUCUUGGAAAUAUUUUCUCCAAUACCGACCGGGACGGUGGCUUACUACGACGGCAAAAAGGCUAGGAUUGUGGCUACUGGCUUCACAAUGGCCAACGGAAUCAACCAAUCACCGGACGGCAAGUACGUGUACGUGGUUGGGGUCUUUGAUGGCGAAAUCAGCAUUUUUGAGAGAAACAAGGACGGCUCUCUUAGGUUGUUAAAAAAAAUGGACAUGCACACAACGGCCGAUAACAUCGACGUGGACAGAGCCACUGGUGACCUGUGGCUUGGUUGUCACCUCCAGCCGUACAAAGCGAUCUUCGGUGGCGAACACAGCCACAACAGGGGCACUUCACAGGUUCUGAAGGUAACCUUUGACAAGGACCUGAAUGCGGACGUAAGAGAAGUGUUAAUAGAUGACGGGCAGUUACUAGCGAGCGGUUCUAGCGUGGCUUGUACCUACGGCCAGCAAAUGCUGGUUGGGACAGUCAGGGAAAAGAUGUUAUACUGUCAGUUAUUGGCAUACUGAGCUUGUUACCAAUAUUGUUACCCAGCCAACAAUAUGAGUCGCAUGUCGCCAGAACAUGAGCCUUUUAACAGAAUCUUACACGAUGAAAUAAAUCGGAACAGUCAACCUUUCUAUCCACAUAACAUCCCUCUGCUAAUAUUGAAAUGUUGAACGGAGUGAAUAAUGAAAAUGAGCAAUUUAUGUGUUUCAUACUGCAUAAGAAAGCUAUGAGAAAAAAUACUCUAAGUCUCAUUUCGUAUGAACUGUUCACAGUUUUAUGCCUGGGCGUCGGGGUCCCGUUGCAGAUCAUUUCAUUUAAAUCGGCAUUACAGCUGAAGGUUUUUGAAAUGUGUUUACAGAAAGAUAUACAUGUAGUUGAACAUAAUUUCAUUGCGUUUUAUAAUUUGAAGACGGGUGACAUUUUAAAUCCGUUGUGUUACUGGUAUAGGGUCCUCGCUUCUAUCCCUGUCCGAUCUGGCCCCUGGAGGGUGCUGCUUGUAAUCUUGCUCAUCGCUUUCGAAAUAAUCUUGUCAAGAAAA